AUGUAUGACUCUACCAUGGACCACAUCAUCUACUGCCUGCUGGUCCUGGGAGCCACAGUGAUGACCACCUAUGCAUGCCCUAAGUACUGUGUAUGCCAGAAUCUUUCCGAAUCCCUAGGGACAUUAUGUCCCUCCAAAGGCCUUCUUUUCGUGCCUCCGGACAUUGACCGAGGCACGGUGGAGCUCCGGCUGGGAGGCAACUACAUCCUCCGCAUUACGCAGCAGGACUUUGCCAAUAUGACCGACUUGGUGGACCUAACCCUCUCCAGGAACACCAUCAGCUACAUUCAACCCUUCUCUUUUGGGGACUUGGAAACACUGCGCUCACUGCAUCUGGACAACAACCGAUUGAUCGAGCUAGGCCCUGACGACUUGCGAGGCUUGGUCAACCUGCAGCACUUCAUCAUUAACAACAACCAACUUGGACGCAUCCAUGACAAGACCUUUGAGGACCUGGCACCUGCCUUGGAGGAUGUGGAUCUCUCCUACAACAACCUGAUCUCUCUGCCCUGGGACUCUGUCCGCCAGAUGAUUAAUCUGCACCAGCUUAGUCUGGACCACAACCUGUUGGACUUUAUUCCAGAGGGCACCUUCACUGACCUGGAAAGGCUGGCGAGAUUGGACCUGACCUCGAAUCGCUUGCAGAAGCUACCCCCAGACCCGAUCUUUGCCCGAGCCCAGGACUCAAUGAUGCUAACUACACCCUAUGCACCUCAACUGUCCCUAAGUAUAGGCGGAAACCCAUUGCACUGCAAUUGUGAGAUGCUGUGGCUGAGGAGGCUUGAGAGAGACGAUGACCUGGAAACUUGUGCCUCCCCUCCUAAUCUGAAGGGUCGUUACUUUUGGAAUGUGAACGAAGAGGAGUUUUUGUGUCAGCCACCUCUCAUUACUCAGCACACCCACAGAAUGCUGGUCUUGGAAGGUCAGAUGGCCGGCCUCAGGUGUGAAGCAACUGGAGACCCUUCCCCUACCAUCCACUGGAUCUCCCCUGAGGAUCGGCUGCUUGGCAACACCUCCCGGACCGCAGUGUACAAAAAUGGAACGCUAAGCAUCACCAUCACCACCUCCAAGGACUAUGGCACCUUCACCUGCAUUGCCGCUAACGUGGCUGGGGAGUCCACAGCCUCCGUGGAGGUGUCCAUCGUUCAGCUCCCCCACCUCAGCAACGGCACCGGGCAGCCAGCGGCACCGAAGUCACGUCUCUCUGAUAUCACAGGGACAACAAGGACCAGUAAAGGCACUCCCAAGAGCCAACCGGAGAGGACCGUGACCGUCUCUGAAGUGACCGCUGUUUCCGCACUGGUCAAGUGGACAGUGAGCAAAUCAUCUCCCACGGUGAAGAUGUACCAGCUCCAGUACAACUGCUCUGAUGACGAGGUUCUAAUUUACAGGAUGAUCCCGUCCUCCAGCAAAGCUUUCUUGGUGAACAAUCUGGUGUCGGGGACCCACUACGAUCUGUGCGUGCUGGCCGCCUGGGACGACACCGCCACCACGCUCACUGCCACCAACGUCGUGGGCUGCACCAACUUCUUCACCCUGGACGACUACCCUCAGUGCCAGUCUCUGCCCAGCCAGCUGCUGGGAGGCACCAUGAUCCUGGUGGUGGGGGGCAUCAUCGUAGGCACCCUGCUGGUCUUCAUCGUCAUCCUCAUGCUGCGCUACAAAGCUGCCGACACGGACCCCCCGGUGGGCAAACUGACCAGCGUCAGUGACACGCACUCUCAGACCAACGGGGGGCGAAUCGGGCAAAAUGGACUUCUAAUGCCCCCGACUCAGCCUCAGCCCCAGCCGAAGGUCAAGGCCAAAGUGGCUCUGCAGGACGAGGUGGUGGAGUUCAAGUGUGGCUCCCUCCAAAGCAGCCUGUCCACUUCUUCCUCAUCGUCGGGCUCCAUGGCGGGGGGUCCGUACAGCCCCAACAGCACACUUGCCAACAUUUGGAGGUCAGCUCAAUCCAAGCCUCGGACCAACCUGGACCACCUGCUCGGGGCCUUCACCUCGAUGGAGCUGCGGGGGGUACAGGGCCGAGACCCGGGGGCCGCCAGUAGCGCUGCUGCCGCGGCAACGGGGAAACCCCGCACAGACAGGGAGCCGCUGCUAGGCCGGACGCUGGACUCCAGCCUCAGCCGGCUCCUCAUGCUGCCUCUGGACUCCAAGCCAAAAAGGAGCCAGUCCUUCGACAUGGGGGACAUAACGGGCUCCGGGGCCGCUCAGCCGAGCAGCAAAUCGCGAAGGUUCAGCAGUAUCUGGACUAAGAGGAGCCUGUCUGUAAACGGCAUGCUGCUGCAGUGCGAGGAGGAGGGGGACACGGGAGGGAGCAAGGGGACAAUAGACGGCGCCGACUGGGUGAUGGAGAGUACUGUGUAG